AUGGAUGUGCCGUCUGCAAAAGUCGGCAUAUCAAAUGCGACGAGGCACGUCCAGCGUGCGCACAAACUCACACCUCCGCCGUACGAGCAGGAGCUCACCACGUCAAUAUGGCUACAGACGGCUACGACAUCGCUGGUUCCGGUAUCAACACCCUCGGUAGAACUGCGCUUUUCCGAAGUGGAUGAGUUAUUCACCCUGGAUCAUAUGAAGUUGUUUCGCCACGUUGAGAAAGAUAUGUGGGAGUGGAUGAUGGUCACGAAGCACCUCAGGCCAUUGGAGGACUUUUACGUUAGCUCUGCACUGGAGACACCGUACCUAAUGAGCCAGCUUCUUGCGCUCGCGGCAAUGCACUUGAGCACGGCAGAAGGUGACUCGUCGGCUUGGUAUCUUUCCCAGGCUAUUCGACUGCGGCAGAGAGCUUUGCAAGGCUUCAAUGAUUCGCUGAAGGAUACCUCAGCCUCAAAAGUCAAGUCUCAGUUCCUCUUCUCGUCGCUCUUUGGACUUCAUUACCUUGCAGAAAAUGUAGCAGGGGCCCCGGAACAAGAAUUUGCCGAGACAUUUGCCGCUGUAGUAGAAUACUUACGCGUACAUCGAGGACCACGUAUCAUGGGUGAUCGCUCAUGGGAGAUGCUUUGCGACUCUCCUAUCAACACCUGGUUUCGUGUCUUGAAUGAAGAGCUGAAUACCCCUUGUAUGCAGCUCGAGGUGUCAUUCAACUCUUUUGACCUAAUCGCCGCGAUGCUUAGGGUUUCCGAUCUCAAUCAAGAGUCAAUCGCGGCCUGUGAAAGCGCACGACAAGCCCUGGAAUCUGUACAACGUCGAAUGCAUGGCCCAAAGAGCUGGGGCGUGCAUGCAUUGAUGGCGUGGUCAAGUCUGAUACCCUUGCGCUUCAUCGGGCUUCUAGAGAAGCAGAUACCUGAGGCCCUUGUCAUCUUAGCCCACUACGCUGUCGGGCUACAUCAAUUCAGAGAAUUCUGGUGUCUAGGCGAAACGGGGAAUCGCCUUUUCCAGGGAAUAGCAAAGCUUCUUGCAUCGUAUUGGGCAGUUUGGCUACCUCAGUUUGGUUCCGAACUAUGA